AUGAAUACUCUGCUCCGUGAUGGACGAAACCUGGCACCGGUCUUUUCUUCUACCGUAUCCUUGCAUAAGACAACCUCGCUGAUUGGGCGUCUUAACAGGUACGGCUGGGGCGUGCUUUGUGUCGCUGGCGGAGGCGCAUAUUAUUUCGCAAAGAAGUCCAUCAAUGCCGACAGAGCUGCACGCUAUGAGGCAGAGCAAAAGAGAAAGGCUCGUCAAUACCGCCUAGAAGCUAACUCUUUCCCGUACAAUGACGCUCCUCCUACCAAAGCAAAGAAAGCAAAGUCGCAAACAAACUCGAACGGCGAGACGAAAGGACUCGACCAUGCGGGAAGUCCCAGCAGUGAAAUAAGCGAAGACGCAGCGCCGGUUGGUCAUGCGCCAGUUGACAGCGAGCAACGCGUCCGGGAAAAGAGCAAAUACGAAGCUGCAGAACCAUAUCGAAGCAAGAAGGGAGAUCGAUUCAGUUGA